CGGUCGAGGUUCAAGCGUCUCUUGUGGUUGAUGGUCGUGUGUGGAGGAAAGACCACAUCUUGUCUUCGCUUUCCGCCUUCAUACAACCCCCAAAAAACCCUAUACCUUCAGGCUAGAGCAAACAGAACGCAGCCAUGGGCCGGAAAAAGAGUUUCAACUGCACUGUUCAAGUUGCUGGGCUUGACUCCGACUAUGAAUGUCCGAUAGACAAAACUACCAAAGGAGAUCACCUGUUUGAUCAGGUUUGCGACCACAUCGGCUUGGCCGAGAAAGAAUACUUUGGACUACGUUACAUUGACGAGAAAGAUGGACAGUUCAACUGGCUGGAGGGGGAUAGAAGUAUAAAGAGACAGAUGGGAAAAGCUCCACUUCACUUUUAUUUUGCCGUCAAGUUUUACCCCGAGAAUCCAACCACGUUGAGAGAAGACAUAACAAGAUACCAGUUUGUCCUUCAGUUAAGAGAAGAUUUGCUGAAAGGCAGGAUACAAUGUUCAAAUCCCAUACAUGCUCUACUUGCCUCAUACGUCAUGCAAGCGGAACUUGGUGACCUUCAUCCAGAAGAACAUGAGGUAGCCUAUCUGAGUGACUUGAAAUUCUUUCCAAAACAGCCUCCAGAGCUCAGGCAAAAGAUUGAAGCUUUCCAUCGAAAGCAUGUUGGGAUGACACCCUCAGAUGCUGAGUUCCAGUACUUGGAUAACGUCAGGAAGCUACCACUGUAUGGCAGAGAUAUGUACCAGGCUUGGGGGGAUGAAGGACAGGCUGUCACUAUUGCCAUUUCAGCAUGGGGAGUAGAGGUCUUCCAGAACAACAGACAGAUGCACAGAUUUGUGUGGCCAAAAAUCAUCUCCAUUGGAUUUAAGUCCAAGAAAUUCUCUCUUACACUUCGAGCACCUAGUGAGGAUGACUAUUACAAGUCAACAACCAUUUACUUCAAGUGCGGAAGCAAGAGAGCCGCUAAGAGAGUUUGGAAAGUCUGUGUUGAGCAUCAUGCAUUCUUCAGAUUGAAAGAACCAGUACCUUUACCAAAAAAUACAAACUUUUUCAAGAUCGGCUCAAAAUUCAGAUACAGUGGUCGGACCCAGCAUCAAGCACGCAACAAUGAGAGUGUGGGGGUGCGUGAGCAGCCUUCAUUUGACCGGGUGUCCAGCAAGCGGUUCUCCCUCAGGGUGCUAGAUAGUAACCGCAAAUCUAUGCUGAUUGAUGAUGAUGCCAAAAAAGAGCCCAAAUCACCUGAACAUCCCGUCACCCCUGUAGAACCUGCGCAGGAAGAGAAGAAGGAGGACGAGAAACCAGUAACUGAUACCCAGGAACCAGACCAGACACAGAAAGAAGAUGAGCAAGCAGCACCGCCCUCUCAGCAGCAAGCCGAGCCAGAAGCGGUAGAAACACAUCUAUCCUCAGAAGCGCUAAUAGAUCACGAAGACAAAGCAAACAGCUCUUCUUCAGCUACCUGUUCUAUUCAGUGAGACUUCUCUGUUAGUGUAAAACUCGUACGUCGAUCCCACUCGAGCCGACACAUCGACCAUUUAAAUCCACGUGGCUUGAAGUUCCCUGAUCACUUGCCGAUGUUAUAACAGAAUUUAAAGCCUCUUGCAAACGAAACGCUGACCGCCAUUUUUGCGCCAUGUUGAGAGGUGCCGGGAAGCAGUUCCCGCUCAUUUCCGUGUCAGCGGCAGCAAUGUUGGCUAAUGUUGGCACUGUUAGCAGGGGGCUUGAGCUUCGAGAAGUGUUAGCUUUUUGGGGAAGUUUCGGCUACUCUCUGGCAUAAUAAGUGAUUUUUUUACCUGGUAAUAAGUUGAUCGUUUUUUAAGGCUUUGUUUCGCAAAGCGAGUGAAUUUUUAUCGAAGAGCUUCGGGGUGGCUAUUGUUUUAAAAAAAGAUAGGACAUAUUAUAAUAAAGUUAAGUUUACCUAGUUAUGUUUUAAUAAGUAUGUUAUAUGAUAAAGGAGACUGUUACAAACUGUGUUACACAUUACAAUGGAAUUUUCUAAUACAAAGUAUAGCCUGUGAAAUAGGCUCAGCGUCACGAAAGACUCGCUCCUUUCCUCAGCUUCUUCCCUGGAUUGGACCUCCACCAGCCAACUUGGGUCUCAGUGACUCGAGUAUUUUAUCACGAUCUUGGUUAAGCGGAAAGCGGGAGCGUACUUUUUUAUUUUGUACUACUCUAUAUCUUAAGUUUUUCGUUCCAUUUUGAACUCUCCUGUGUAAACAAAACCGUAAUAAACUUCCUGUAAACCUA